CUCUCUCUCUCUCUCUCUCUCUCUCUCUCUCUCUCUUCCCUUGUCGGCUUUAGGUUUCUUCUCCGGGAGGUAUUUUCGAACCCAACCAACGCCGGUGACCGACUUAAUCAUUACCCUUUCUUGCUCCCACCAAGUCCAAGUCAAUGAGAAAAUGCUCCUUAUUUUAAACGUGUUAAAGAUCCACCAUACCCAACAACAACAAGCUACGUUUCCUCCUCAUUCUCUCGCAUUGGUUUCUCACCCUCGCCGCCAUGUCAAGAUUUUUAAUCUUUAGAAUCGUUGGAAAACAAAAGGAAUAUCUUUUAUUAAAUCAGAAAGAGAGAGCUUCCCAAGCUGCUCUAAGGUCGCCUCAGUUCAGAGUUUACACUUCCUCCUCUAGGAUUCCGAGUAAUGGACUUUGUAAAGGAAGCUUUUUGAGUAAUCACCUGUCGCGCCGUUGUUGUUCUACUACUACUACUACUGUCUCUGCAAGAAAUGUAGUCACUCAUCAUGCUCAAGUUGCUUGGAACAGGCUUCACCGCCAAUGGAACUUACCUCGCAUAAACACCAUUGCUCAAGCUUUCUGCUUGUCUCUCACCCGUUCACACCUCUUAAUCCCCGGCAUCGCUGCCGUCACUUGUGGAAAAGUAGCAUGGGCGGCGCAACGAGCUCCCUUAGAUCCCUAUCCUUCGCAUAAAUCACUCUACACAAGGGCCAAGAACGGUCCCAUCUUCCUCACUUCGUUGUUGUUUUCGGUUAUAGAGGGUUUUAUUUUGAUAGGGAGAGCUUUCUACAUAGCUUGUUUGUUUACUCCUAGUGUUCUGAUGGGUCUGGUUGUUGAAGUGUGUGGGCCACGGUUUAGGAAAGUGUGGCUUGAGAUGGUUCAUCGAACUCUUGAACGAGCAGGUCCUGCUUUCAUCAAAUGGGGUCAAUGGGCAGCUACCAGACCAGAUCUCUUCCCUCAGGAUCUAUGCUCCCAGCUCUCAAAGCUUCACAGUGAUGCUCCUCAGCAUAGCUUUGCGUACACCAAGAAAACUAUAGAGAAGGCGUUUGGUCGUAAACUCUCCGAGAUAUUCGAGGAGUUUGAAGAGGCGCCGUUAGCGUCAGGGAGCAUUGCUCAGGUCCACAGAGCUUCCUUGAGGUUUCAGUAUCCAGGGCAAAAGUCAAAGUCUUCUUUAGUUGCUGUUAAAGUUAGACAUCCAGGCGUAGGUGAAUCUAUAAGGAGAGACUUUGUGAUAAUCAACUUCGUGGCGAGGGUAUCGACUUUGGUUCCUGCUUUGAAGUGGCUGAGACUGGACGAGAGUGUGCAGCAGUUCGGUGUCUUCAUGCUAUCUCAAGUCGAUCUCGCGAGGGAAGCUUCUCAUUUGAGCAGGUUCAUAUACAACUUCAGGAGAUGGAAAGAUGUUUCUUUCCCUAAACCUGUGUAUCCGCUUGUGCACCCUGCUGUUCUGGUGGAGACUUAUGAGCACGGAGAGAGCGUGGCGCGUUACGUUGAUGGCGUGGAAGGACAUGAGUGGAUUAAAACUAGAUUAGCUCACAUUGGGACUCAUGCUCUCUUGAAGAUGCUCCUGGUUGAUAACUUUAUUCACGCUGACAUGCAUCCGGGGAACAUCCUUGUCCGGAAAAAGGCUUCUCGUGGAGGUCUUUUCAAAACGAAGAAGCCACAUAUCGUUUUCCUUGACGUGGGGAUGACUGCAGAGCUAUCAAAGAACGACAGAGAGAACUUGCUUGAUUUCUUCAAGGCGGUUGCGCUUAGAGAUGGCAGGACUGCUGCUGAGCGAACGCUUAAGUUAUCUAGAAAGCAGAACUGCCCCAAUCCAGAGGCUUUUAUUGAGGAAGUAGAAGAAGCAUUCAAGUUCUGGGGAACCGCUGAGGGAGACUUAGUGCAUCCAGCAGAUUGUAUGCACGAGUUACUUGAGAAAGUAAGGCGCCAUAGAGUUAAUAUUGAUGGGAAUGUAUGCACCGUGAUGGUGACAACACUAGUUCUCGAGGGUUGGCAACGGAAGCUUGAUCCAGGAUAUGAUGUGAUGCACACGCUGCAAACAAUGGUGCUGAAAACCGACUGGGCUAAGUCUCUUUCUUAUACGGUGGAUGGUCUGAUGGCACCGUAGGAGAAUAAAAGGUUUCAAUCUUUUUUUUUCAAAUGUUGUUUGUCAUCAUAAUAGGAGUCGACAGGUUUUACACAUCUUAGAUGAAAGAACAUAGAAAGAAAGUACAUGUUCUUGUUUAUUUUUCAUUCUUUUUUUAAUCUCCUUUUUUUCUUUUUGUUGGUAUGGAUUUUGGUUCAUUCUAACUCCAUCAUAGAUUUGUAUUUACGCGGUUGAUGUCCUGUAUUAACCGCCUGUUUGUUCUCUUAACCGAAGAACAGUGAACAUAAAACAAUUAGAAGGACUGCCUGUGAAUGGUCCAGAGAAUUUGAAUAAAGUGUUCACGUCCAUGUA